GGCAACACUACUAGAACAUACAGCUGCUAGAAAAACCAUAAUUGACGCAUUUUCAUCGACAUCUGUCAUUUAUUUGAAUCUAAAAAAACAAACUACACGACGCGGUGACAAAUUAUUUUUUCUAAUUUCAAAUAAUAUUUGCCUUUUCCCCACAUCUAUGGUAAGCGUGCUUUAAAGAGUGGAAAAUGGACUCGCCAACAAUACUGCGUACCAUCAAAUGGAAUGAUCAUAAGAAGGAGAUUAUUGAGGAGCAACAGUAUUUGUUUGACAAUAAUUUGGAAACGGACUGUACGCUAAUCACUGCAAAAGGAGUCCGUAUCCAAGCGCAUCAGAUUGUUUUAUCGUCGUCGAGUGAUUUUUUCCGGAAGAUAUUCAGCGAAUUACCAUCAUCGGUCGAGUCACCAACAAUUCAUAUACCAGAUAUUGAUAGAUCAGUAUUAGAAGCUAUACUUAAAUUCAUUUACACUGGCGAAACCAAUAUCGCUUCAGGCUAUUUGACAACCUUACUCGAAUUCUGUAAUUUCUUGGAUAUCAAAGGAUGUGUCGCUAAUGGUUUUACAUUGAAUGGAGCUGGUUUGAAGGUAGGAGGUGAUAUCAAUCCAAAAGAUGAAAAUGGAAUCAAUAAGCUAUACAAUAGUUCGAGCGAGAGUUGGUCAUGUGAAGAGUAUAUGGUGGUUACACAAGCGGAGAGUGUAAACAGUGAAGAGGAGAGCAUUGAGCCUGAUUAUUUAGAGGAGUAUCUAGAAGAUGAUGGAAUAAUUAAGGAGGAACAAAUGUUUAUGGAAAAUGAAUACGAUGAAGGUAGGCAAGAAGACAAUGAAUUCAUAUCAUUUGAAAUCGAAAAAGAAGUUGAAGAUAUGCCGAGUGUGUUUACAAAAGACGGUACAGACACUCCUGAGAGCAGCAGCAAACGUCAGCGAAAUAUAAGUCGACCAGGUACGCGCAGUACAAGCUCACAAAUUGACAAGGCUUUGAACGAAGUAAACAAUGGCAAAACCAUUCACCGACUGUCGGUAGAAUAUAAUUUACCACGUUCGACUUUGUACCAUCGGUUCCGCAACAAUGAAAAUUUGAAACAGAACUAUCGACUCGAACGAAAAUCCGCACUAGACAGUGCUGUACAAGCCGUGUUACACGAACGACUAAGUUUGAAAAUGGCUGCCGAUAGAUACAAAGUCCCAAAAACGGCUAUUUGGCGCGAGGUACGAAAGUGUGAACAGUAUCAACCAUCGAAUAAAGAAGUCACCGUGGAAAGACAAAAUGCGCAGCGUGAAAUUUUGUCCGGAAAAAGUUUGACCAGUAUUAGUGCUAAAUAUGGUAUACCAUUAACUACACUUCAUCGCGACAAGAAAAAGCUAUCCGUCGAAGGAAAACUGCCGGAAUCGUUUCGCGUUAAAGAUCGGACUGAGAACUCUGAAUAUGGCCAAAGAUUGGAGAUGGCUUUGAUAAAGUGUCGCAGCGGAAUGUCACAGUAUCAAGCGGCGAAAUUGUUUAAUAUUCCAAAAGCGACCAUGUGGCGGUAUGCAAACGCAUUGAACAAAUCCAACCGAAAAUCAAAAGUCAAACAAAAUGAGUAGAAUGAUGGGAUACGUAAAUCAUGUAUAAAUUUUAAGUCGAUCUUUAUUAUUGUAAUUCUAAGAAAUCAACUUACAAACUAUAUCUAGCGUUUUUUUUUUGUAAUGUACAGUUUGAAGAAAUAAUUGGAAUUAAAUACAAA